AAUGUGCACUGGUUCUAUAAAGCUUUUCAUUUUAAAAGGUAAUCACCUAGCGACAGACUAAAAAUUCCUACGUUUCAUUGCGCACCUACGUUGGUAGGCUUGUGAAAUUUCAUCCAGUUUGUUCAGAGUGACGCUAUCUGCAAACAAACAUGCGACGAGUGCUUUACAUGAUCAGUGCAAUAAAUUUAUGCUCUAUACACUAGGAGAACGAACCCGACGAACGAUAUGCUAUAUCUAGUUCACAGCACACGCGGCAGCAAAACCAGGAUUACUGGGCAUGUGCGUCUUGCGCACCGCACACUUUCAUUCAACCAUCGCAGCCACCCUCGAGGGUUGUUUUUCCCAAGCCCUCUCCUAAACGCCUGCUCGGUGGUGGCCGCCUGCCUGCUUGCAGCAAGUCAGUCUUCGAUGGUGCACCGGCUGGCGUUGAUGGCGCAUGUUCUCUGCUCGCAAGCGUGAACUUUUUUCUUUGCUCGCUUGGUGCUCUGACUGGAUGGGGUAGGAACGACAAAUUAUCGAUUUUUCAUAGUGGAUUUGUGCCUAUUGCGCUGUGUAGUGUACUUGUUAUUAGUGAAGGAAGAAAAUUAGUUUUUAUUUAGGAUUUCGGAGUGAAUAUAAGGAUUUUUGAACGAAUGUUUAAGCGUCGAAGCAAUGAGCUCACGUCCUAAACGUAGUACAGCAGAUGGAAAUAAUUUCAACAUGUGGGUGUCAACUAAUAAAGUGCUGAUCGGUUCGGUGGGUGGACCCAAAAAACCUCAUCUUCGUAACCCCAACUUUGAUUUCGAGGAAACCAAGCUACUGAUUUCGCUAUGGGGAGAUCCUGAAGUUCAGAAAACGCUGGUAACAUCCCACAAGAAACAUCCCGUAAUUUCAAGGUUGGCACAAAAAAUGCGCGAAUAUGGGUAUAAUCGAUCAGCAGAGGAAAUUAAUACGAGGAUCAAGAACAUUAAAUGCUUCUACAAUCGGAUUAAGAAGGACCUCGAAUCCGGCAUCGUUACAUCUUGGAAGCAUUUUCAAGCCAUGGAUGAAAUCAUGACCCGUCCAAUUUUUGGUAACAAUCAACUGCAAAACAGCGAAGGUGGCCCAUCGAAUGAGGAUAUCUCAACGUCUGAUCAAGUGCAAAUAAAGCUGGAACCAGGUGCCGACGACGACAAAGAAAUCAGAACGGAUGAGUUACUGAAAAAUGCAGAGCAAGUCGAGCUCAAAGAGCCCAAUUUGUUGAUACCGAAGGACGAACCAAUGGAUGAGGACAACGAUGAUGAUCCUAAUGAUCCAGACUUUGAAAAUGAUGGAGACGACGAAGAGGACAGUAUUAGCGAGGAAAGUGAUGAAUCGGAUUUCGACAUCGACGAUGAACGCAGAAAAGCACGUUUACGUAGAAGAACAGCGCGUAAGCCAACCAAGGUGAAUAAUCAGACAAAUAAACCAACAAACGCACCACCGGUGACUACUUCUGCUCCCACUGUUUCGGUGGUAACAUGCGCUCCAACCACCACUAUACCGACGAUAACCACUGUUCCAACGCCGAGUAAACCUCCAGCCCCUGGAACUAUAAAAAUAAUCAAUUACACGGGCAACUCUGGAAUCAACUUCUCUACGAUUGUGCCCAACUCGAACAUCAUUGCCCAGUCUUCAGGUCAAAAUGUGACUAUUCUUCCUGGAGCUCCUAACACAGCGAACACUAAUGCCCCUGGAAAAAUAUCCCUCGUACCUACCAACUUCCUUCUUAAACCUCAACCCCCAAAGAUCAACUUCAACUCCCCAAUUCAGCUAUACACCAAACCAACCGUAUCCAUCGCCAACAAUGCUACCAUUUCCUCUGCUGUACCACCUCCAGCCUCCAGUGCUGUCCAACCGAUGAAACUACUCUUCGUGAACACGGCUGGCAGCCAGAAGCAACAGAUCAUAACUCCAUCAAAGCACAUCUACACAACCACUCCAACACCGAUCGUGAAAACUACCCCUGCAACUCAAAUAACCAUCCAGCCCAAACCCGUUAUAACCGCAGCGACUAGUCUGAUGGCCAUCCCCCAGAAGAAGCCUGAUCCUCCACCACCAGUCACAACCGCACCCCCCACCCCAAAACAGGCAGGAAUUAAAUCCCUCCUGGGACAGUUGGUAUCCAUACAGCGUGAAAACCUUGCCUUAUCGCGCAGCAGAAUCAACGUGGAAAAGGAACGCUUCAACAACGAGAAACAGAUCGUCUGUUCGCUGGUGGAGGCCCUGAACGAUUUGAACAACAUGUUGCAAGGAUUCAGCAGUACCGUCAAUAUCGGCGACGAGUUUGGCUGCGGUUCACCAACCCCGGCCACAACCCACGAGUUUGAUGGGGCCGACUCCAGGAUGAAUGAUAUUAGCCAAGAGGCACCACCGGUCAGUGGGCUGAUUCCGGUAAUCGACACCAUCAAAGCGGAAGUGAUAAGUGAUUCGGACUGAAUAACGAACCGUUCAGAGCGCGUUCGCAACGUAAUACUCUAGUCAAUGAUCUCGUAAUUUAUUUCAGAGAGUUGUAUCAAGCUAUGCUCAAAUAUAUCACUCAUGUCGGUACGAAUGUGGCUAUUUAAUAAACAUUACAAAGGAAGAAGAAAAAAAUGUACAUUUGCUUU